AUGCUGGGAAAAGUCGCCCUCGAAGAAGCCUUUGCGCUUCCCCGAUUCCAAGAAAAGACCCGCUGGUGGGCGGGCAUGUUCGCCACUGAUGUUGAAAAGCACGUCGCCGAGAUCACCGACGUCGACUCCCUCCGUCUGAACUUUGCCGAGCGCCAUGGCGUGGGCCUCCAGAUCCUGUCGUAUACUGCACCCGGUGUGCAGGAUAUCUGGGAUCCCAAGGAUGCACAGGCGCUGGCGGUGGAGAUCAAUGAUUAUAUCGCGGGCAAGGUCAAGAAGCACCCGGACCGGUUUGCUGCUUUUGCCACACUAUCCAUGCACGACCCCCACGAAGCAGCCCAGGAACUUCGACGGUGUGUAACACAGCAUGGGUUCCUUGGUGCACUCGUCAAUGACACACAGCGAGCCGGGCCCGACGGCGACGAGAUGAUCUUCUACGACAACAGCAAAUGGGACCCAUUCUGGCAAACUUGCACCGAGCUCGACGUGCCACUCUACUUGCACCCACGCAAUCCCACCGGCACAAUCUACAACAAGCUCUGGGCCGACCGCAAAUGGCUCAUUGGGCCGCCGCUAUCCUUCGCCCAGGGAGUCAGCCUGCAUGUACUGGGGAUGGUGACAAACGGAGUCUUCGACCGACACCCAGGACUGCAGAUCAUCCUAGGCCAUCUGGGCGAGCACAUCCCGUUCGACUUGUGGCGCAUCAACCACUGGUUCGAGGACCGCAAGAAGCAGCUGGGGCUGCGCGAGACGUGCCGCAAGACCAUCCGCCAGUACUUUGCGCAGAAUCUGUGGAUCACGACCUCGGGCCAUUUCUCGACUCCGACGCUGCAUUUCUGUAUGGCGGAGGUUGGGGCGGACCGGAUUCUGUUUUCCAUUGAUUAUCCGUUUGAGACCUUUGCGGAUGCUUGUGACUGGUUUGAUGCUGCUGAGUUGUCGGAGACGGAUCGGGCGAAGAUUGGACGGGAGAAUGCGAAGAAACUGUUUAAGCUGGGUCCUUAUAAGGAUAGCUCGUCUUAG